UAGCACGUUCGCCUUGACGUGUUGUCGUUUAUUUCCUGUUCUAGCUGGCGGCAUCGUUAGUACUUUCAUGCAAAGAUUGCGAUCUUAAAAAGCGAAUUAACCGGCAAAGUGGUGAUUUUCUCUUCGAUAUAGCUGUGACUAUUAUGGCGGGUGCCACCAUAAAGACUGUACACGCUAUUUUUCAGAGCAUGGAGUACGGACCAGCCGCAACUUGCAGCACUGCCACUGCACAGGCCUGGCUGGAUAAUCAUUCCCGCUCGCUGGGUCUUUUUAUUGAUGGCAAGUUUGUCCACCCGUCAGACAGACAGACUCGCUCCCUGAUGGACUCGAAAGGUGGUCUCGUGUGCAGCACGGUGUGUGCCACGCAGGCUGAUAUUUCAUACUGCGUAACCUCUGCCAUCAAGGGCUUUGAGGCCUGGAGUGGCCUGUCUUGCUACCAGAGGUCCCAAAUGCUGCAAAGGUUGGCGAGCGCUCUUGGGCAGCAUGGUCGGAGUUUUUCCGAGCUGUGCGACCUGUGUCGAGUCUCGUGCUCCUCCGCUACCCUUGUCAGAAUGUUGCAGUACUACAGCAGCUGGGCUCAGCUCAGAGACACUCUCAUCGCAAACUGGAUGCCACUGGGUGUGGUUUUAGUCGUCGUCUCUGACGACUGCAGUCUCUACUCCCUGAUGCUCAAAGUCUUACCAGCGUUAGCCAUGGGCAACUCUGUCAUACUCGUCCCCGGUCAAAGCACCGCCCCUGCGGCACUUUUAUUGGCUCAGCUUUUUGUGGGCGCAAGGCUUCCUGCGGGGGCCCUCAGUGUUUUAACUGGCAGUGACAUGUCAAUGGCUGCUGAUGUGGCCCAGAAUGCCAGCAUCAGCUACGUCACCUACAGCGGCAGCAAGGAGGAUGGUGUGAAGCUGUGUAAAGCUACAGCAGGGAUGGGUGUUCCGGUCUCUGUAACCCAAAACAUUGGCACAACGUGCCCUAUCAUCAUUUUCGAGUCUGCCGACAUCAACAGCGCCGUGGAUGACGUGUUGGAGACUGCGUUCAAGAAGAACAAAGAAGUGCAUUGGGUGCUGUGUGUGCAGGAGAGCGUGCUGGACAGCGUGAUGGCCCGUCUAAGGCUGCGCAUGGCAGGCUUGAAAUGUGUGGCGCUUCCCAGCGAUGGGGCCAGGGUGCUUGUGGACACUGCAGUGCAGGAUGCGCAAAACAAGGGGGCAAUGUUGUUGCAGUCCUGUGCUGUCCCUUCCGGUACACGGUACCCUCCUACGGUGUUAUGCGGCGCGGCCCCCUCCUCGCCAUGUGUGGUCACGCCCUCUCCUGGGCCACUGCUUCCUCUUAUGACCUUCAGAAGUAACACGGAGGCAGUGACUCUGGGGAAUCACAGUCCACAUGGCCAAGCAGCAUGUGUCUGGACUGAAGACCUCACUCUGGCUUUGGAGACAUCCAAGAGUCUGUCUGUUGGCUCAGUGUGGGUGAACUCACACCCUCUAUCUGAUCCGUGUCUCCCUGUUUCUGGUCACAAAGACAGUGGCACCUGCACUGACGGAGGGCAGGAGGGUCUGUAUCAGUUCCUGCGGCCGUCCUCUACAUGUGUCCUUCCUCGCGCUACCCCUGUUGCUCUGGACUAUGCAAAGUUUGGAACUGACGCCACCCCAUUUAUCAUUCCGGAUGAGACUGUCGGCACCGUCAAGUCCUUUGCACAGUUUAUUGCUGGCAAGGCAUGCAAAUCGGAGUGUGGCGCUAGUGUGGUGGUGCGUUCUCAAGGGGGCGGCAGCGUGUUAGGCUACUGUCCUGAUGGAGGCCAGAAAGAUGUCCGGAAUGCUGUGGAGGCAGCUAUCAAAGUUCAGCCUGGCUGGAUGAAAAAGUGUCCAUCUGCACGUGCCCAGUCCAUUCAGUCUCUGGCCAAGGGCCUUGAAGGGAAAAGACAGGACAUUGCCAAAGCAAUCAGUAGCCAAACUGGUAUACCUAUGGAAGAGGCUGAAGUGGAGGUGGAGCUCAGCAUCGCCAGGCUCCGUGACUGGGCAGCCUACUGUGACAAAGUUCACGGCGGAACUCUGCCUGUACCACAGUCUGGCUCGGGACUCUCCGUCCCCGAGGCGCUGGGAGUGGUGGGCGUGGUCCUUCCUGACAAGCAUCCCCUCCUCUCCAUGGCAACACUUCUUGGAGCGGCCCUCGCCUCCGGUAAUGCCAUCAUCGCGGUACCCAGUCAGGAGUAUCCGCUGCCAGCGUUGGCAUUCAUUCAGGUGCUCCUGUCUUCAGAUCUGCCGGCAGGCUUGGUGAACAUCAUUACAGGAAGAAGAGACAAGUUGACAAAGGCUUUGGCCAAUCACAGUGUCAUCAAGGCCAUCUGGUACUGGGGCAACAGCGAGGGCUGCCAGUACCUCCAGUACACCUGCACUAAACCGUUGAAAACGUUGCACCUGUUCUGUCAGACGGACAAGGACGGUAACCAUGGCAGCAGAGACUGGACUCACGCUUCCGUUCUGGAGGAGAUGUGGAGAAACGCCGUCCAGUGGAAGAGUGUGUGGAUUCCUACAGCUUAAAAAGUCAGAACGAAGACUGGAAGAGGAGGAAGAUGGCAAAAAGACUCUUUGGCUGGGAAGUUUUACUAUGCAAGGCAGGUUGAAGAAUAAAUCAAGAUUUGAAAGUGAACUAACUAACUGCUGUAAAAAGCCUGGAGUAAAAAAAAAAAAAAAAUUUUAAAAAGGGGUGGGGGCUUCACACGUAGAGUGCAGUGAACAAGUAUUGGUAUUAGAAAAAAAACCAUCCGAAUGAUUCCCAAGACUUUGGAAGAAUAUUAUAUGGACUGACAAGAUGAAAGUUGAGCUUUUUGGAAGCUGUGGUGUAAAUGUAGCACGGCAUACCAACGGUCAAACAUGGUGGCGGUAGUCUGGUUUUGGGCUGCUUUUUGUCCUUCAGGACCUGGACAACUUGCUAUGAUUGAUGGAACCGUGACUUUUGCUCUUUAAGAGAAAAUCCUGAAGGAGACUGUUUCGCCAUCAGUUUGUGACCUCAAGCUGAAGCGCACUUGGGUUCGCAGCAGGAUCCACAACACACCAGCAAGUCCACUGCUGAAUGGCUUCAAAAAACAAAAUGAAAGUUUUGGAGUGGUCUUGUCAAAGUCCAGACUUGAAUCUGAUUGAAAUGCUUAAAAAGGCCGUUCAUGCUGGAAAACCCUCCAUCUCUGCUGAAAUCCCCAAAAAUCUGCAAGGAAAAGUGGGCCAAAAUCUUUCCACAGAGGAGUGAAAGAAAACGUUGUUGCCCAAGCAGUUAUUAGGUUUAGGGCGCCAUUACUUUUGCGCACAGGGCCAGGUAACCGAAUCGUUUUUUUUUUCUUAAUAAACGACAUCGCCAUUUAAAAACUGCAUUUGAAGUUCACUUGGGUUAUAUUUGUCUAAUAUUUACAUUUGUUUGAUGAUCUUAAACAGUAAAGUGGGGGAAACUAUGCAAAAAUAUAAGAAUUUGAGAUACUUUUUCACAGCACUGUAUACAAUUAGCCGACGUCAAUAUUUGAUAUGAGUGAUGAAUUCAAAUGACUGUUUUUUUCAUUCUAUUUUGCAUUUUGUGGGCCAGCCAUUGAAAGGCAAAGCCAUCUGUAUAACUAUAGCCUCCAAAAAGUUGAAAAUACUCCCCUUAAACGUGAGAUCAGUAUGCUGUUUAAGUGGAGGUUGAUACUAGAUCUGGAAUCAAAUGACGGCCAAAGGUAUAUUUUACAACAGUGACGAAAGCAGGGAGUAGACCUUUGACUGACAUAACAAGCAAUGACUUUUGUUAUGAGGCACUGACAGAAACGGUAGUGGUACUUAAAAUGAAGGCUUUGGAUCGUGGUGGUAUGUUUUUGUCCUUUCAUAGCAUCAACGAUGACAGAUUUUGUGUCAAAUACAUUACUGAAAUAUAAUAAUUGAGCCUUCUUGAUGAUCAUGUACUUGUUUAUUUUGAUAACAAGUUCACAUUCUGUUUUCGGGUUAUGAGCCAGAGUCCUUUCUGUUUAAAAGUUAACAAUUAAAAAGUGAUGUCACAA